GACCGAUGUUAGAUAACUGAAAGCUUCAAACUCCUGCCAUGGCUGCAGCGGUGUGGACGGAUCGAGGACGCUGGACACUGCGGCGGAUACUGAUAGGAUCCAGGUCUAAUCACACCAUUUUAAAACCCUGCUAUGACGCGCUGAUCAUCGGAGGAGGGCACAAUGGACUGGUGGCUGCAGCCUAUCUUCAGAAAGGAGGGGUGAAGACAGCUGUACUGGAGCGCAGACAUGUGCUGGGAGGAGCCGCUGUUUCAGAAGAGGUCUUUCCGGGUUUCCACUUCUCCAGGUGCUCAUAUUUGCUCAGUUUGUUACGACCUCACAUAUGCAGAGAACUUGAGCUUAAGAAACAUGGGCUGAAGGUGUACAUGAGAGAGCCCCAUUCUUUCACCCCCAUGCUGGAGGAGGGGAUGAAGGGGGCUCCACCAAGGUCCCUCACCCUCGGCUCAGAUCUGGCCAAAAACCAGGAUGAGAUCAGCAAGUUUUCACCAAAGGAUGCUAAGGCUUAUCCAGAAUUUCUUGCACACCUUGAAAAGUUAGCCACCGCUAUCCACCCUCUACUGGACUCUCCACCUGUAGAUAUACGCGGAGUUACAGCUGGAUCACUGAGAAAGAGGCUGGCUGCAGCUAAAACACUGAUGCCUGUUGUCAAAUGCGGUCUGAAACUUGGAGGGAAUAUUCCAGACUUUUAUGAGAUUAUAACUGCACCAAUAAUGAAGGUUCUCACUCAGUGGUUUGAUUCAGAGCCACUGAGAGCAACAUUGGCUACUGAUGGUGUGAUCGGGGCCAUGACCAGUCCUAGUAACCCCGGUAGUGGGUAUGUACUUUUGCACCAUGUAAUGGGGGAGCUGGAGAAGGAGAAAGGAGCUUGGGGUUACGUGGCGGGAGGGAUGGGAGGAGUGUCUCAGGCUAUAGCAAAAGCUGCUCAGUCUUAUGGAGUAGACGUUUUUACAGAGAAGGAUGUAGGACAGAUCCUUGUUGAUUCAGAUGGUGCAGCUAAAGGAGUUGCACUAAAGGAUGGCACAGAGAUCCACAGUAAAGUGGUUUUAUCAAAUACCACCCCCUAUGUUACUUUCAAGAACUUGACACCAAAGGGUGCUCUUUCUGAAGAGUUCGUCAAAGCUAUAGAUCAAAUAGACUACACUUCACCCGUUACGAAGAUUAACGUGGCGGUAGAUAAAUUACCAAACUUCCUGGCAUCACCAACACCAGAUGAUAAACCUGGACCCCAUCAUCAAUGCUCAAUACAUCUAAACUGUGAAAAUGUGGACAUACUAGAGGCUGCAUAUAAGGAGGCCAAGAAUGGACGUCCCUCAGCAAGACCUAUGAUGGAGAUGACUAUUCCAUCUGUUUUGGACCCCACUUUAGCUCCCUCUGGCUGUCAUGUAGUGUCACUGUUCACCCAGUUUACCCCCUACCACAUUGAAGGGAAAGAGUGGACCGAGCAGGACCGAGAGGCCUUUGCAGACACUGUUUUUGACUGGGUGGAACAGUACGCUCCUGGGUUUAAAACUUCUGUUGUGGGCAGAGACAUCCUGUGUCCCCCCGACCUGGAGAGGAUCUUUGGACUCACUGGAGGGAAUAUCUUCCAUGGAUCAAUGUCUCUGGACCAGCUCUACCUAGCACGACCUUUGCCCUCACUCUCAGACUAUCGCUCACCACUUAAAGGGCUCUAUCUGUGUGGCAGUGGCUGUCAUCCAGGUGGUGGUGUGAUGGGUUCUCCAGGCUGGAACGCAGCGCUCACUGUUAUAUCUGAUCUGAAUCGUCACAGAAAAAUGUGAAAGCAUUAUUGCAGUUUUAUGAAAUUACAACCCCAACUCCAGGUUUGCAUAAGUAUUGAUACCCCUUGAACCCCAACAUUCUGUGAUGUUCCAACCAGAAACUUCAAUGUAAUUACCGGGAUGUUAUGUGAUAUACCAACACAAAGUAGCACAUAGUUGUGAAGCGGUACCCCGUUAUUGCCCUGUAUUUAGCUCCAUCUGUAUUCCCAUCAACUCCGACCAGCUUCCCUGUCUCCGAUGAAGAGAAGCAGUGCCACAGCAUAAUGCUGCCACCAUCAUGCUUCAUAGUGAAGAGGAUGUGUUCAGGAUUAUGUUAGUUUAGCAUUUUUCAUGUAGGACAAAAUGUUUAAUUUUAGUGUCAUCUGACCAGGUCACCUUCUUCCACAUGUUUGCUGUUUCCCCUAAAUGGCUUGUGGUAACCUGCAACUACUGCCUAUGGUUUGCUUCUUGCCAUUUUUCCAUAAAGGCCAGAUUUGUAGGGAGCUUGACUAAUAGUUUUCUUGUCAACAGAUUCUCCCACCUGAACAGUGGAUUUCUGCAGCACCUGCAGGGUUAGGGUAAUGGUAAUCUUGGCUACUUCUCUGAUUAAUGCUCUCUUUGCAAAACCUAUUAGUUUAGCUGGAGGUCAUAUCUUGGUGGCCUCCAGCAAGUAUUCAUAUCCAUGUAUUCAUACCUUUUAAGAGAUAUGAAUACAUAUACAAGGUCAUGUAUUUCAUUACAUGUCUUUAUAUAUGGUUAUUUUCUGCAACUUUGGUUGAAAGAAGACAAGUCUUAAGAUCCUAGAAACAUGCGACAGAGACAAUGAAAUGGUCUGUGAUACAGGUUUUGUAGUGUUGUCUUUACAUAUUAUUACAACUCUUGAGCUAAAGAGGGAAACCGAUUUUGAUUUGGAAAAGCACUUGCUAUUACCAAUCAACUCAAGUAGAAUAAUGUUUUAUAGCUAUUGUAGCUAAAAUGGCUUGUUCCAAACCUACCUGUUCCUCAAAAGUAACAACAAAAUUAUCUAACACUUUCGCAAUCAUUAAAAUGAUGCACAGUAAAGCUUUUUAGGUUUGAAAUUUUUAAAAUAAAUUCCUUUAAACCUG